AUGGACGGCCCCGCCCCCCCCGAGGACGCGACGCGGCCUGAUCCCUCGCCGAGCCCGCGCAUGGACAUCCAGCCGCGCCGCGAGGCGUCCCCGCCGCCCCGCGACCGCGCCGCGAGCGGCCGCGGCGGCGGCGGCAUCGUCGGCGUCGUCUCGCGCUGGAAGCCGCUCGAGACGCCUAGAUUCACGUCGUGCGUCCUCCUCUACCUUCUCGGCAUCUUCGUCGCGUUCUACGCCACCCCGCCGGUGACGAUCACGGACGCGAUGCAGACGAAGUACUUCGACAUGAUGGAGGCCGCGGACGCGAUCGACCUCGAGCCGCGAACGGCCGCGGAGACGGCGUUAUACCACGCCACGAUGGAUGUCCAUCGAGCGCGAAACUCGCAGUGGUUUUGUUGGUCCUCGGCUCCGUGUCGCGCGCGCGUGAACAAGGCGAAGGCGCGGCAGCGCGCGAAGCUGAGAGACGCGGAGGUGUACCGGAAGCGCCGCGACGCCAAGGUGCGCGAGGCGAAGCGAACGCUGGGGUUGUGGUCCGCGCUCGGCGUCGACGAGGCCAAGGCGCUGUUCCGAGACUGCUACGAGCGCGGCAAAGUCUUCGCGACGCGAAACACGUACUACGACACGUUCUGGCUCAUCAUCGGCGGCCGGUCGGACGACUCGCUCGCGGAGCUGCUGAUACGGUGGGGGUUCACUGUGCUCUCGAAUUUCACCGUGGGGAUGGCGAGCGCGGUGAUAUCGUUCGCGUGGCGGCUGCCGGCGUUGAUACGAACGUUCGCGGCGGGCACGUGGAGCGGUUUGGUAUUUUUCGGCGUCGCGACGAUCAGGCGCGUUCUGUCUGUGCAAACGUUUUUCACCCACCCACCGCUCGGUUUCAACAUUUGA